UAAACUUCUAUCUACACUUUCCUUCAAUUACAUCUUGACUCUCUCCUAGAGAGAAUCCAUCUUUCAUUCUCAUUAACAUCAAACACUACCCGGCAUGACGUCCCUUCUUUCGAAUUCCCUAUUUCUCUUACUCGGCUCCGUACUCGCUGCUCCCUUUACUCCAAAUCUCGUCCCCCGAGCCCUGAACCCUUCAUGCGCACCCGGCGGUAACUUCGAUCUCUCACUCUGGAACCUCCAACUUCCUACAGGCACCCAAGGCCACAUUGAUCAAAUCACCUCCUCUACACUUAAAGGCUGUUCCGGGUAUUCUACUUCCAAUUACUUCUUCACUGACUCCAAAGACGGCGCUCUUAUCAUGAAAGUCCCAGGGUCGCCGUCGAGCGCUGGAUGUGUGACGACCAGCGGAAGUAAACAUUGCCGUACAGAAUUGAGGGAGGUAAAUCCAUCAAGCUGGGAUCCCAGGAAGCAAGUCAACAGGUUGAAGGCAAAGCUUUCAGUUCCAACGCCUGAUGAUUCGAAAUACGGUACCGUAAUCGGCCAAAUCCAUGUUGACGAUAGCGUAUCUUCCAAACCGGUUUGCGAACUCUUUUACAAUAAAAACGGCGAUAUCGCCAUGGGUGUGGAGCAGAUUCCGGAUGAGUCGAGCCUCAAAUAUACGGCGAUUGGGAACGUCCCGAAGAACCAGACUUUCACGUAUGAGAUUAGGUACGAGGGCGGAAAGUUGAGUGUGGGUAUCAAUGGAGAGGUUUUCAAGACUUUAGGGACGGGGGGUUUGGAGAGUCCGAAGAGUUAUUUUAAGGUUGGGAAUUAUAAUCAGGGAGACUCGGCGUCGAGUGUGAGGUUUCUGUCUAUCGAUGUGGCCCACUCUUAG